UUUUCUUUAUCACUCUGUUAUUCGUAAAUUGAUUCGAACACGUAGCCGCAUUUUGAAACGAUUUUAUGUUAUUACAAAAAUUCGAAAUGCAUGAAAAUGAGAAGUCGAUCAACGAGCCGGGGCAGAACAAAAAAGAGCGGCUGGGGCAGGGCGAUCAUUUGGGGCCGCCGGAAGCGCAUAUUCCCAUUGUUGGCGUCAUGUGCAUGGAUAUGGCACAAUCGCUGAACGCAUAUUAUGACAACGGCCAUUGGCUCAGUUAUUUGCCGGCCUCCUAUAUAAGGCAUCUGGAGGCAUCGGGGGCACUGGUCAUACCUAUUUGGAUUGGCCGUGAACGUGCUUAUUAUGCGUCAAUGCUGGAACUGGUUAAUGGUGUGCUGCUGCCCGGUGGCGCAGUCUAUCUAGAUGAUGAGGACAAGCAUGUAGAAAAAGAUCCCAACUUGACAAAUUUAUGUGUGCAGUCGGUUAACUACAUUUAUGAACUAGCGCUGGAGCUGAACGUGGCCGGAAAUAACCUACCCGUAUGGGGCACUUGUCUCGGCUUUCAGCUGAUGCUGAAAAGUGCGGCAAGUGCGGCAGGUGCGGCAGGUGCGCCAAUGAUGCGCGACAAGUGCGGCAAAAUAUUUGAUGCUAAGCCAUUGCAACUGGAGCCGGGCUACGAGGCAGCCCGUAUGUUUCGCCAGCUGUCGCCGGAGCAGGCCAAGCAGCUGGAGAGUGUGCCAUUUGCCUGUCAUCAGCAUAGGUUUUGCAUCACGGAGGAGAGUCUGGUAGGCAGCAAGAUGGACGCCGAUUGGCAUGUGCUGGCCACGCGCACUUCGGAGGAGGGCAAGCGCUUCAUAACGCUCAUCGAGCAUCGUGAUCAUCCCUUCUUUGGCUGUCAGUUUCAUCCGGAGCGUGCCGCCUACGAGCAGCUCUUUGCUCGCGAGGAUGCCUGCCGCGAUGCCCACACCAGGGAGGGCAUCCAGCUGGCCCAGUACUUUGCCGAGGUCUUCGUCGAUGCCUGUCGCCGCAAUCCGAACAGAUUCGACAGCGUGGAGCAGCUGUCGCGUCACUUGAUCCACAACUGGCAGCCCGUUUUUAGCGGUCAGUUUAAUAAAGCCAAUUGGCUGGAGGUAUAUCUCUUUCCCAAGGAUGUGGACUAUAUGCGAGCAGUUGAAAAUUGAGCUACUUUAACCCGAAACAGAUUAUUUCCAGAAACACGAACGACAAACCUGAUAAGACUCUUCUGAUACCAACUUGUGAUGAUGCGAACUCAACUAUAUUUUUAAUAUAUACAUAUAUAAUACAUAAUUAACAUAUAAUCUAUAUAUCUCACUAUCUAUCUCACUAUAUAUCUCACUAUAUAUCUAUUGUCAUAUAUAUUUGCCAUGGAACGAUCAGACUAAAAUGAAAUGCUUAGAAAAUGUU